CUAAUUCUUUGCUGUAAAGUGACCACUUUCUCAUCCCUCUACUCCCUUGUCCAACAAAUGGCCGAUGAACUCACCCUUCAACCCUCCUCCGCGGCUGAGAACCCGCCGCCGCCGCCGCCGCCUCUACCCGAAGAUGAACCGCCUCUCGCUUCUCUAGAGAUACCGCCGCCUGCUGCGGUGGAGCAGCAAGACGAAGCUGCUGUUGCUGGCCUUGAGAAAGAGGCAUCUCUCGGUUCAGCGCCCCCGCCUUCGGAACCAUCUGCCGCCCCAGAACAGCCGCCGCCCACGGCGGAAGUGGGUGUUGCUGGAUCGGUGGCGUCCAAGCCCGGUGAAGCAAGAAAGGUGCCUGAAUCUCUUGUUUCGUUCAAGGAGGAAAGUAACCUAGUCUCAGAUCUCUCCGAUUUCCAGAGGAAGGCACUGGAGGAAUUCAAAAGCCUCGUCCAAGAAGCGCUUAAAGAUCGUGUCUUUAACCCUACCCAAACUCCAAAAACCGAAGAAUCCCAAUCUGCUUCCUCUGAAUCAAAGACCCCAUCAUCCGAAGUCUCGAAUUCACCUCAAGAAGUGUCACUCUGGGGAAUCCCACUCCUGAAAGAUGAGAGGAGCGACGUGAUUCUACUCAAAUUCCUCAGAGCUCGUGAUUUCAAGGCGAAGGAAUCAUUUUCCAUGUUAAAGAACACUAUAUCCUGGAGGCAAAAAUUCAACAUUGAUGGCAUUGUGGAUGAGGACCUAGGAGAUGAUCUAGACAAGGCUGUGUUUAUGCACGGACACGACAAGGAGGGUCACCCUGUUUGCUACAACGUGUAUGGAGAGUUUCAGAACAAGGAGCUGUAUAACAAAACAUUCGCGGAUGAGGAGAAGAGGUCAAGAUUCUUGCGGUGGCGCAUUCAGUUCUUGGAGAGGAGUAUCAGGAAUCUGGAUUUCUGUCCUGGUGGAAUCAAUACUGUUUUUCAGGUUAGUGAUCUUAAGAAUUCACCAGGACCAGGAAAGCGCGAGCUUCGGAUUGCCACUAGGCAGGCACUGCAGCUGCUUCAAGACAAUUAUCCCGAGUUUGUGGCAAAGCAGGUGUUCAUCAAUGUCCCAUGGUGGUAUAUGGCUUUUUAUACGAUGAUUGGUCCGUUCAUGACACAGAGGACCAAAAGCAAGUUUGUAUUUGCCAGCCCAGCAAGGACCGCAGAAACCCUUUUCAAGUACAUAUCUCCUGAACACGUGCCAAUUCAAUACGGCGGCCUUAACGUCGAUUAUUGUGAAUGUAACCCAGAGUUUACAGCUGAUAAUCCAGCUACUGUGAUCAAUAUUAAACCUGCAACAAAGCAAACUGUGGAAAUAAUUGUGAAUGAGAAGUGCGUCAUCGUUUGGGAGCUACGUGUAUUGGGGUGGGAGGUAACUUAUAGUGCCGAAUUUGUGCCAAGCGCCGAAGGUAGCUACACCAUAAACAUUCAAAAGCCUAGGAAAAUGGCACCAACCGAUGAACCUGUAGUUUCCAACAGCUUCAAAAUAAGUGAUCUUGGUAAGAUACUUCUCACGAUUGACAACCCGACAUCAAAGAAGAAGCAACUUCUUUACAGGUUCAAGGACGUUCCUUUCUCCGGUAAGGGUUCUUCCCAACAUGAAUAACCACUUCAUGUAUCAAGUGCCAACAUGAGUUUUACCUGAUGAGAAUGGUCCUUCCAUGUCAAUUUGUGGGCCUUUUCUUCCUCUUUGGGUCAUGUUCAUAUCAUCAGUGUGUGUUUGAAGAAGAUGACAACAUGUGGGCACCAUGGUGGAAGAUGAUUAUUUGGAAAAAAAACAGGGACAUAUAGGCUGGCUGAAAGUUGUUUGUGCUACAGUUUGCUUUUGUAUGGUUGCAUUCUGCUGUUUAUUUUGUUUAUUAAAUGUGUUUUGGGACAAUUUGACACUUGUCUAUGCUAGUGUAUUUCUAGUGUACUCUUUGACACUUGUGUAUCCUCCCCAUAGUUUUGAGUGCUCAAUGUACAUUGAAUAUUUUCUAGUGUUAUUUUAAUUCAUUAUGUGGAGCCAAACUGUCCUAGCCUUUGGGCAUUUCUGGCUGUUAGACUUAAUUUUUAAUGGUUCCUUAUAAUAAGACCAUUUUUUUAUAGUUGAGAAAAUAUCAAGAAUUCACUUCUAACCAAAGUGUUUACAAUUGACACAUAAAAUUCAUAAUGAGCACUUUAUUUGCAAUAUCUUAGUACAAUCUUCUUUCUUGAACUUCAGGUUCACAUCUUCUUUAAUUGAAGAAUAUAUAUAUAUAUUCUAGCAUAUGUCAUGGAAUUUAUCUUCCAUUCAACUCCUUCAAAAACCUUCCCUCAGUAUUUUCUACCAUUGUGUUCUGCCACUCUUCUACUUAAGUAAAUACCCAUGUUUACUUCUCAUCUUAAACCAAUGGAUCGUAUAAACAAAAUGGAUUACAGCACAUAUUUCAAACAAAGUUCAUAGAUUGCAAUUUUAGACUUCAAAUAGCAGAUUUACCAGGACCAUUCAAUUUUCAAUAAGUAAUUUUCCGAAAAAUCUUAAAUACCUGGACAAGCGGUAGUAUUCCUCAAUUAAUCGAAAAAAAACAAAUUUUGAAGCAAAGGAGACGCUGCCCUCUGCCGUUCCUCCUCGCCGGCUCUGUCCGUGCACUCCAAGGAAGAAGAAGACGCUGGUGGUGGUGACCGGCGUCUGACGGCGACGGAGACAGAGGAAGCAUGAGUGGUCGACGAUCAAAGGGAAAAAAAGGUGCGGUGAUUUU